UAUGCAAUCUAAAUAAGCAUUAGAUUAUGAAGGAAGGGUAUUUCGAUGUUUUGCGGUUUAUGAUUGUAAUAAACAAUCAGUUUUAAUAUCUAUUAAACGUCACUGUGGCAAUUUAUUUACAGAAACAAUUUUGAAAGUCAAAGAAUAUGUUAAAUAAAAUCUGUUAGAUUCUUAACGUAAUUAAAUAAACAUUCCUGGUGGAUAAAGAUGUGAAUGGCAUGGAAUAUUAGAUGAAAGAACAAGUAUACAAUUUAUCAUUUAAAUUAAGACUGUUAUUUUUUAAUGAUGACUUUCCCUGGAUCACAACAAAGUGCCAUACGAUAAUCCUUACUUGAAUUAUAACAAAUAGUUCUCUAUGUACCUAAUUACUAAAAUGUAAAAAUAUAUUUAAAAAUAAUAGUUUAAUGAUACAACUUUUCCACAAUAAAAAAAAAAUGAUCUCUAAGCAAAAUUGGAUGAACUUGAAUAUAAAUAUGUGAAAGAGAUAGGAACAGAGGGACAACCUGAUGAAAAUGAAAAGGGAACAUAAUAAGAAUAAAAGAAAGCAUCUAGUAAUUUUCUUUAAAGCAAUCCUCAGUAUUCAUUAUUUAAAUAUUUAGAAUAAGUUAAAUAAGAAAUCCUGGAUAAUAAUAAUAAUCAAAGAUUUCAGAUCAGUAUAGAAAAUAUUCAGUAUACAGAUGUUUUAUGGUUUAUAAUGUAAAUGGAAAUAAAACACUUUUUUGUUUAAAAAGAGGAACUUAUAAAUCUUUUGAUGACACAAAAGGAUCUAUUAUAAAUUAAUUAAAGAGACAAUUAAAUGAAACUACAAAAUUUGAAAUUUAUGCUCAAGGAAAUUAAAGAUCUGAAUGGCAUGGAAUAUUAGAUGAAAAAAAAUGUAUAAAAUAUUUUAUAAUCUAAGCAUGUUAUUUUUUAAUGAUGACAUUUCCAUCUACAACUAAAAAAAAUGUUUUAGAAGCAUUAGAAGAUUUAAAAAAGACUUUUGUUUAAAUUCCAAAUUAUGACACUAUUUAACCAAAUGAUCUUGAAAGAAGAUUAAAAUCAGAUAUCUAAAAACAAAUUGAUAAUCUUGAAGUAAAGUACUUUAGUUUAAAUGGAAAUGAAGGAGUGGCAAGUGAUAAUGAAUAAUCUGAAAUCAGAAGAGACUUUAUAACAUCAAAUUAAAUCACAUAAACAAAUCAAAAAUUGAAUCCUCCAAGUGUGAUUAAGGAAAAUGAUAGCUAUAAUCCACCAGAAAUAUAAGAAAGUGGUAAAAACUUAUAUGAAACACUUGAAUUAAAUGUAAAAAAAGAACUAGAAGAAUUAGCAGCAUUUAAACCAAUACUUAAAGAUGCCUAAAUAUAUAUUUUUGUUGGAAUAGGAAUCACGUUUACUCUGUUCCUAUCAUUGAUUAUAAUCAUAGCUUGA